CCCGCAUUCUGACCUUGCCCACACUUAGCCGACUGCCCUGCCGUCCUUCUUCCUCCUUCCUUCAUCCCUUCACCAUCCGCUGACAUGGGCGAAGACAAGAAGCCACAGAAGAAGAUUGGGCAGGAGUUCGGGGAGAUGCGCCAGACGGUGGACCUGGACGCCCUGAAUGCCUACAUCAAAGCCAACGUUCCAGCCAUCUCUGCGCCUGUACAGGUCAAGCAAUUCUCCUUUGGCCAGUCAAAUCCAACCUACAUCCUCACAGAUACCAAGUCCGCCCGGUACGUGCUGCGCAAGAAGCCUCCGGGAGACCUCCUCUCGCCUACCGCCCACGCCGUUGAGCGAGAGUACCGCAUCCUUGCCUGUCUCAACAAGCACAACGAGUCGUUGGACGUGAGCAAGUAUGGAGGAGAUAGGAAUCUGCACCCCGAUGCAGUGCCCGUGCCCAAGGUCUUCUGCCUGUGCGAGGACAAGGCCGUCGUUGGAACCAAUUUCUACAUCAUGGAGUUCGUCGAGGGGAGAAUCUUUGCGGAUGUGAGGAUGCUGGAUAUACCCAAGGAAGAGAGGAGAAAGCUAUGGAUGUCCGCCUUGCGAGUACUCGCAGCAAUGCACCGCAUCAGUCCCAAUACCAUUGGUCUCGAAGGGUACGGCAAGCCCUCCGACUUUUACCCGCGUCAACUCAAAGCGCUCUCCACGAUCUCCAACAUUCAAGGCAAGACCAAAGACAAGGACAGCGGUGAGGAAGUAGGAGAGAUUCCAGGAUUUAAAGACCUCGUGGGUUGGUUCUCGCAGAAUUUGCCCAAGGACGAGAACACAAUCUGCCAUGGCGACUACAAGAUCGAUAAUCUCAUAUACCACCCUACUGAGCCGCGUAUCGUAGGAGUAUUGGACUGGGAGCUCUCCACCUUGGGCCACCCGCUGUCGGAUCUCGCGAACCUCCUUCAGCCCUUCUCCCUAGACUGUCCAAACCCUUCGGCAAUCAACGAUCCAGAGGAGCGGAAACGUUCCAUGGAGCGAGGCGAAAUGUACAUGCUCAUUGGAGGUCUCUCCGACGAUGUGAGCCCAUUGCCGGGGAAGGAAGAGCUGAUGAAGACGUACUGUAAAGAGGUGGGCAGGGAGUACCCCAUCCCUGGUUGGGUCACAUGCGAGGCAUGGGCUUGGUUUAGAAAUGCAGUCAUCAGUCAGGGAAUUGCUGCUAGGGUGGCUCAGAAGCAGGCCUCAUCUGCAGAGGCCAAGAUGUAUGCCACAAAGUUCCCGGCCGCCUCCGAGGCAGUCAAGACGAUCAUCAAGCGAUCCUCUUCGUCGGCACCGCCGGAACGCUCCAAGCUGUAAUGAGAGGGGGGCGGGGGCGUAGGUCGGACGGGUAGAGGUGCUUCAGAGUGUGACAAUGCUGGCAACUGUGGAGCGUGUGAGAUGCGUGUACCAAGAGCGAUGGAUCUCGUUGCUGUAUCAUGUAAGCUCUUUGGCCGGUGGGCUGCUCACACAUUAAAUGCUUUUGAUAGUAGAUUACAG